CCAGCCGACUGACGUUUUCCAGCUGGCGUGCGAGCGUUACACACAGCAAAUGCGCUCGCGUUCCAUGACCGGUGCGCCGCGCGCUUUCCGGCAGCCGUCGGCGAGCGGCAUAAACUCGGGCGCCAGGAAACCGGAAGAAUGAGCCGCGAGGAGCGACGACGCUGCUCGUGCGUGGGAAGGACUCCCAGUAUCACACGAAUGGACCAGAGCGUGGCAAUGCUGAGAACCUGCUCUGGCUUGUAUUCUCCCGAUGCAAGGUUUCAGCUCCGACAAUGGACCGAGCUGCAGCAAGGAUGACACAUGACGCGGAAUGUCCCACUGACAUGAAAUUGACUCGAAGAAUUUGGAACACGAGAGAGACGAAGAUUGGAGUUUACGAGGAAAGAAGUGCGCGGUCGUGAUGCAUAUAGCGACAGCGUGAGACGAGAUCAGAAGAAGGGGAGAGCUUUUGCUUUCCGGGUGCUGGAAGUUAGUUCGGCGUUGAGUCACAGCCAGCCGCCAAUUCAAGAAACUUUUGGUACAGGUAAAAUGUUCGUCGCGUCACAACUUUCAGAUUAAUUCACAAGAUUGAAUGGCUCCAGAGUCGACUGGAUUGAUUUCCCAUAACCUCGGCACCAGUUUCUUCGGCUCAUGAGGAGUUAUCACGUAUCUACAAAGACUUGCUGUCCUCUGGGUAAAACCUUUGCUCAUCUGUACUACUCUUCAGCUUCAGCACAUGUUUAUAAGCCCGACGCACGCACAACGAGAGCUGGUCAGUCGAAUGGCGUGAUGUACGAGACCACAACAUUCUUUCCGUCGUCAAUUCUAAUCCUCCUGUCGGUUCCGCACUGCACAGUUCACACCACGUUGUCCACUGCAGUUUGUUAACUGGAUGUUUAGCGAACCAAGGGCAGUAAAUAAGGGAGAGCGGAACGGUCUCCUUCAGGGGUGAGUGAUCAGGGACAGGCUUUGCUCAGUCCGUUGAGGAUCAUCUUGGUCGUUGCUUUGCGCCACCGGCGGUUCUAACCUGACGCCAAGUUUUGGUUAGGGGGUAAACUGAACCUCCGGCUUCGAACGGUUCUUGGAAAUGCACCAAGAAUGAAAGGGUACAUACGUACGUGCAUGCCUGUGUUUCGUGCUGGUUGGAGAAUCACAGGUCGAGGAGAAUUGGUAGAUCGGGAGGUUGGGUUACAAUGUGCGUGUAAGGGGGAGGCGUUGAAGCUCCACAUCCAGUCUGUUCGGAGUGAGCAAGUCAGGCACUUUCUUGUUGAAGCGCCACAGACAACCCUUGGGAUGAGGAAAUGUGCGAGUUGAGGAAUGACUCUGCAUACCAAACUUUGAGUUUUAUUCGCUCGACAAUUUUAUGAAGUUCUCACCCAUCACCUCCCCAGGCGUCACAUCCUGGUGUUCGUAGAGACUUAUGUCUUCUCCUUCACCGCUGUGUUUCAUUCCGAAACCAGCGCUAUCUUGACGUCGACCAAGAGGCUAUUGCAUCUGUGGAUCCUUUACGGAGGAAGAAAAUUGGUUAGAACAAUAUACGCGUUUCCGCCUUCCCAUGUACAACCCGUCAACGCACGUAUGUACCUGCAGGUAGAUUUACAUCCUGGACGAUAAGUCGCCGCUAAACCUUCGUGAAUGUUGCGAUCACGUUGAACUCACCGAUCAGCCGUAUUGCCCUUUCAGCCAUUGGCUCUAGCCUCGGAACACUGGACAAUCAUGUGUCGAAGGGCUCAGAGCACUGAUUGUCCUCAUGAGGUGCGGGAAGAAUCUUACGCGCCGGAUAAAAUGCAGCGGGCCAUUCUCCCCGGACCUUGAGGAAUGCUUCGUCUGGGGUUUGUCAAUGGUCGCAGCCGUUCAAUCUCGAGGAAGCCCUGAAUAGUGUCUCACAAAUCAGUGAACAACACCAUGUCUCCUUAUCUGGGAUUCUAAGACUCCAGAGAAUCCUAUCGACAGCGUCUUGCGCUCAGAAGUUCAUGAUAAUACAUUUGUCUUGUUCGUAGGGUUUAAACACUGGACAAGAUCCAUGGGUCGGCCGAACUUAUGUUCAAAACACUCUGCUCCGAGCUGGGCCCUGGGUAUGUUCGAUCCUUCCGUGUGAGGGGUGCAGGACAAACCUAUGAUGUAGCUGGAACAAGAUUAGCUCUGAUCCUAGUCAGUUUCACCCACGGAUUUCAGAAUUUUGAAGUACAUGAAAAUUGACAACGUUUGGUGAAGCCACAGCGGUGUGAUUGAUCAUCCGGUCAGCUGAAAGUAGAUUGACAUCUCGGCCAACUUUGUGACCCAACAAGUUGGCGGAUUAGCAACUGUUGUGCUCGAGAGUGCUUCUCUGAUGAUGGGGAGAACAGAAGAGAAGAGCCCAAAUCUUCCCGCAUGUGUUAAAGGGACGUCACUCCCGGCAAAUCUCCUUCCGUGGAAUACGACUGGCUUACUCGCCUGGCAUCAAGUCAUCCCUAUCGGCAAUUUUUUCCUGUAAAACUCGGAUAUGCUCGGGAAAGUACCAGAAAUUAGAGAGGUGUAUCGUGCUACGAUACGCACAGACGGAUUAGCUGUCAGACCCGCAUGACCUGUCUCGGUGUACAUCCAUUGUGAGGUACAUUUCUGACAGAACUCUGUCCCCAAGUCGCGCACACGGCACAAGUGGCUGCCUUGCAGCGUUCUCACAAAUGCGCCCUUCGCCUCUGCUCAACACCAACUGGGCUUGGUAAGAUACAUAUUACCGGGGCCCACUGCAAACCCGAUGGCUGUUUUGCGAAACCUGGCGUACGAAGUUGUGUAUCACCUGGAGGCUAAGAGGAUGUUCGAUGGGUCCUGCUGUCAACACCAUAUUCUUUUCGAAAUUCCAGAAAUUUCGAAACCGGGGUUUACAUCAACAUACAACAACAGGAAUAGUUUUCGGGGUGUGAAGGGACAGUUCACAACCUUUCUUACCUUUCUAAAUCCUGGAUGGCGAGAGCAUCAGCACAGCUCUCCACUUCAUCCAAAAGUUUCUGUUCUCUUGGUGGAUUUCUUUAUCUACACCUACGAUUCGUCCCUACUGCCUAAGUGGAAGGGCUUUCGGAGAACAUGCCCACCAAUCAAUGUGCUAUUAUAUGUCCCGUACAUUUUCUACUGCAGCAGAAGCUCGUGUAGCAGCAAAAUUUGAUCAAAGCCACGGGCUUUGUUCUCCUCUCAGACAGACCAGUCGAGAUAGAGGUACAUGCCCGUUAUGAUUUAGGUACAUGCCUGUUGGAGUCUACGAGGGAGUUCUUACACUCGAGUCUCGACGCUGGUUACGAUCAGCAAAUGCGACCGUCAAGACUUGUAUGUGGCGAUUGUGUGUGCUUCACUGGACCUGCAGGAAGCGACACAUAGUCUGUCGCUUUUAACCACUCGGCCACUCUCCCUGACUCAGAUCCGAUAUCGUGUUUAAUUGAGGACGGAAGGAUUUAAUCACGAGAAAUAGUACAGUGAUGAUGUCGGACACGAGCACACUAGGGACAAGGGAAAAUGAACCUUUCGCGAGUAGCAGACCGUCAUUGUUCAAGCAGUAGAUAAUUCAGAUGGCUUCACAAGCUGACAUGAUGACUUCUGACGACUCCUCGGAACCGCUGCUGGAUACUGAAGUCCAGGAAAGGUCUGACAAAGGCCGGAGAAAAUCAUGGGUAAGAUCCUUUGGAAGCAUCUUCAGACGAAAAAGCGCCAAAAGUUCAGAAAAUGCUGUGGAAGAAGUUCCCACUUCGAUGAAACUAAGCAGUGAACAAGAGCCAGAACCUCCUUUAGAACAACCAGACCCAAGGGAGACACAGGACAGAGAAGAGGUAUGUAGAAUGGAAAGUAUAGGAACGCCUCGUAAGAAGCGACCGUAUAUAAACGUGAGCAACGAAACCUGGUCUUUCUCCAGAGAUGCUUCUGUGGGACGCAAUUACCAUCCGGAUCUGAGUGAGCCUAGAUCAGCAAGCAAGCUACUUGAAGAUGAGAUGGGUGAGCAAACGAUAUCUGGGCCGAUAAGUGGAUCGAGCUUUACAAGAGCUGCCAGCAAUACUCCGCAUUUUAGAAACAGCCAUCUGGGGAGGAAGCCCAGUAAUGCACACACUCUAUUCUUCCUGCAUGAAUCUUCUCCUGGCAACGAAGAAGUAGCCAACCAUUUCGAAGGGAAAGCCACUGGCCACCCGUCAAAUACUGGUUGUAUUCCUUUUAUUAAGACUUUCAGCGAGAAAGGACCCGAGAAAGUUCCCGGAGGACAGUUAACAUACGGCAAAGCUGGUGGGCCGGACGAAGACAAAGUAAGUUUUGAGAUUUCCUUAGAUGCCAGUCUCAUGAAUCAAGUGCUCUACUCUAUGCAAGAAGGGAACACUCAUGCCGACCUAUCAAACAAAGGACGACGAGAUGAAUCGACGAUUGAUCUUAAAGGGAAGUGUAGCACCAACGUCGGAGCAGACGACAAUAGCCAAGCUUUUAUUGUAGAAAUUGAACGAUGUGGUCCCCCAGAAGGUGAAGGUGGGAACAUGAUUAGGAAUACUCAUCCUGGUGGUAACGACAUCGAAGAGAGCAGUGAUGACAGCUCCUUUCCAGGGCCUACUCGAUCAUUCAGUGCAGCACAAAUGGCAGAGAAUCAAGUCCAGGAGAAGAAAGUCCGAAAUUCUAGGAAGAGCGACAUACCGGAAGACGGAAGACUCACGAAAACUUACACUAAACCGAAUUCAGCAAAAAGGUCUAACACAAGCAGCGACACAAGCAGCGACAGCCCUACUGGUUCCUACAGCAGUUGCUCAAAUUACGUUAUGAAGGAAGGAUUUGAUAAAGGUCGAGGACUGAUUAAAGGAGGGUCCAAGUCCACGGACGGUAGUCGUUCCGUUGGACGGCAGUCAAAAAGGACUUCCGAUUCAUCAAGUUUGGAUAACGUAGGGCCCGAGGAAGAUAGUGAGAGCGAAGACGAACAUGACCGAGGGGUAACUACCGUUCCGAAAAAUGUGGGACUGGCCCAGAGCAAACGUCGUGCGAAGAAAUGCCGCAAGGAUAAUCAUGAAUCACGCACUGACAGGUCGAUAGAGAAGGAAACUGCCCAAACUCAGACUCAGUUCCAGGUUUGCAGCUUUGAUGAAACUCUCGACCGAGACAUAACUGGCCGGAAAAUAAGAAAAAGAUGUCUCUCUUCCAAUCCAUCGAUGGAGAAUCGAUGGAGGAGGAGGAUCAAAAGACUGCGAGACAAAGCAGGGUUAGAGAUAGAAGGGCGACAGAAAGGACGAGUCAAGCCUUCAACCAAAAAGGGAAGAUCCGCAUGCUGUUCCUGUAUGGGCUCUAGCAAUACGAAGAGCACAAGUAGUGCAGGAAGUGGAUCAUUGUCGGCCACGUCUGGAAGGGAUUCCGGAGUGGAUGCAUGUAGGGUGGGUGAUGAUGGUAGACACCCGUGGAAAGAUUCUCACAAUAAUGACGAUAAUCUGGGCGCUUAUAAAAAUCCUAGUGAUGAAGGUUGCUCAUGGAAGAGCUUUUCUGCUGUGAUGGGCGACCAGAAUGUGUGGACUACGAGUGAUGGUUGUGAUCAAUCGUGCAACACCAGGAGCGGAAAAAUUAUGUCUUACAUGAAGUCUGGUCUGAGGGCGGCUAAACGUGCGGGAUGGAAUUUUGACAAAGCUACAUCUGAAUGCCAACUUCUGGAAGUCAACGAAGAAAAGAUGGCUGCUGAAAUCAGAAAGUAUCAAUCUUCUUACCGCAACAUUGAUCCUAGUGACGAAAGCACAACGCACUCUUUUAGUGAAUCCAAAGCCUCAAUCGAAGAUACGUUUCUAAGUAAUGUAAAUGUGUUCGAACUACCGGAUUACUUGAGUGCGGAGGAUCGUGGAGUUGAAGAUGGAAAGAAUUGCGUUUAUGGUGACCCUGGCAAUCCUCCAGCCGGGACACAAGUGCAUAUACUAGUGGACAAUCGAGGAUAUAAAUCGAGAAUGGACUGGGAAUAUACUGGCGGUACUCCAGAGCAGAUUCCCAAUUUGGGAGGCUGUGAUAGUAGGGAGUUAUCGUCCGAGCCUGUACAAGGCUGGACUGCUUCUCCCAAAGUCACUUGCGAUGAAGAGUAUUAUAUCCAGGAUCGGGAUGGGGAAAAAAUAGAGGAAGAGUUUCAGUCUGAUCCAGGUCGCAAAAACAAGUGGCUUCAACGAAUCGGGAAGCUAUCGGUAGCUAGAGAAUCAGAUGCUGGUGAUGCUCACGAUCGUAAUACGUUCAUCCAGCAUGAGACUGAGGCAUUCCUUCCACAAAGUCCUCUUGACUGUAAGUUGCGAACUGACUGUACAUGUGGGUGGAAUGAGGUGCAGCCCGCUAUCCCAAAGUGCAGCGUUAGCCAUAGUAGGCAAGAUUACAAGAAAAUAUUGACUUCAGAUCAGCACAUCCAGACCCGCUCUGAGAGUUACAUGGAAGAGGAACUGCAGAAGCACCAGGGUAAGGAACCUGGAACACCCAAGUGGAAUUGUUUCUUUCCGCAGGGCGAAGCUGCUUGUCUAGAAGAUGAAUGGAGUGAACGCCAUUCAGCUAGGAAAAAGGAUUCGAAGAAUCUCGAGACUCAAGACUGGCUAGGUUCCUCCACAGAUCAGCACAUGGGAAACAGAGAGUCUGUAGCUGAAGCCCUAGAAGCGUCUCACUCGCUUUUGCAGGGGAACGUUCCCAUGAAACAGCAGUGCGAUUUUGGUGGCUGCUGUCAUGUUCAAAGUAGAAAUUUUACGGAGAACUCUCUCCGGUCGAUUGCGAGAGAUGUGAAACUGCGAGAAAAUGCAAUUGCUGCAAAAAAAGGCACGCAUGUACAAUCGUCAAAGGAUAUGGGUGAAAACAGUGGACAUACGAGCGCUCUCGAAAACGAAUAUCCCAAAGACACAGAGACUUCUUGUGGUCGAGGGUUGCUGUCACAUUUUUCUCAAAGACUAUGCAACAAGCCAGUUAAUGAUGGUCCUUCUCUCCCGAAUGUUCCCACGGCAGUUCCUUGUGCAGAGCUACGUAUGAAGGCCGAAUACAUAGCCGGAGCAAUCAAGGGUGGCAAUAGAGAAAGGUAUCAAGAUUAUGCUCUCGAGGAGUCUUGCAAUCACGAAUACAUCGACGCAGAGGAUGAAGACGAGCUCACGUGUUCAGGUGAAUUCAAAAGGAGGAAGAGGGAUAUAUCGUCAUCUGCCACUUAUGAGGGGGAUCUAAACAGCUUGCAAAAUGUAUCUAAGGUCUUACAUGAGUUGCCCUUAAAUGAUAUCGAUGACUUGAAACAGAGGGAAGUGAGUUGGAAGCAAUAUCAGAACAGAUAUGAAGCAAUGCUAAGGAAGAUCGAGCAAAUGUCUGCUCAAGCCCAUUCCUCUCUAGUCAAAACCUCACAGUUAACAGCAGGUAGCAACCAGCUGAAUGAAACAUUUCAGAACAGUUUGACAGACUCAAAUGUCCCUGCCAAGAGCUGUACCCAAUCAACUACCCAGUUCCAAAAUCUCGCAAGCUGUUCUUGCAAACGAUCCCAGCAAGAAGGAAAACAUUCACCAGGAAACAUAAACCCUAGGGGAAGAUCCUUAAGUGCUCGCACUGGAAGAAAGUAUGUCUUCGCCAAGAAUACUGUAAAGCGUAUCUUCAAAACAAAUGAAUCUGAGGAUUCAUCGUCAGGUCUGAGAUACCCUCCAGCUAUCCAUCCCUGCGAGCUACAAGGUCACAUAGCGCUGAUGCUUAGAAUCUUCAGCCGUCCAGCUGAUCAGAUCAUGAAAAGCCAGAGACAACCUCGUUUAUACUGGGUGCGGGGGUUAUCAACAAUUGACCCAACCUUACUCCUUGUCCCAGUAGUUGACUCCUCGGGGUAACUAUGUGCAACAUCUGAGUUCACCCUUCUCAGGCAUUCUACUCAGCAAGGACACACUGCUGCUUUUCCGCCAGACUGUGAGAUGCUUCUAACCCGCAUCCAAAUGGCACGGCUUAGUUAAAGAAGAGACAGAAGACUCGGAAACUAACGUCAACCACUUCAUUUUAUUCCCUCCUGCAGUUUGAGAUUACUAAGACGACACUGAGUCUCGUUCGAAUUGCAUGUACCAAACCGUCCGUAGAUUGUCGAAGGACCUUUAACAGAAGCAGUUCGAACAUUUGAAAGCGUGACAGAGAUCCGGGAUAAGGAUCCAGUUGUCUCGAUAUUUCG